CAGCAAAUGGCGAGCCGGCUAGCUGAGCAGGAUCCCAACGAAUCUCCUUUGAAGCAGAUUGCAACAAAGUAUUUCCUAUCAUGCACUGCAGCAUUGGUUGCCGAAACGGUCACUUAUCCGUUGGACAUAACCAAAACUAGGUUACAGAUUGCUAGGAAUAAACACACGAAAGGAGGAAUGUUUCAAGUCACUUAUGACAUCGUCAGGAGAGAAGGGGCUAUGAGUUUGUGGACUGGUAUAGCUCCAGCAAUUACUCGGCACUAUAUUUAUACUGGGAUCCGAAUAGGUGGCUACGAAACACUGAGAGGAAUGAUGUUCGACGAGCAGAAAGAGCGGACCUUCCCUGUGUGGAAGUCCAUGAUUUGUGGUUCGGUAGCUGGCCUUGUUGCUCAGUUUGCAGCUAGUCCGACUGAUUUGGUGAAGGUGCAAAUGCAAAUGGAAGGGCUGCGCAAACUGCAGAAUCUACCUCUUCGAUACACAGGUGCCCUGGAUUGUUUUAUUUCGCUAUAUAGGACCCAAGGAUUUUUUGGUCUAUGGCUUGGAUGGAUACCAAAUUGUCAACGAGCUGCUCUUUUGAAUAUGGCCGACAUCGCUACGUAUGAUUUUGUGAAGCACAAAUUGGUCGGAGACUUCAGUUUCCGUGAUAAUUGGUUCACUCAUGCCGUUUCAAGUGCUUGUGCAGGGUUAUCGGCUGCCAUAGUUUCACUGCCAUCAGAUGUUGUCAAAACAAGAAUGAUGGACCAGAUAAGACAUGAGCUAGAUGCCAAAAUGUCCCAUGUCAAGAGUACCCAUGUCCAUCUCUACAACGGCUGCAUAGAUUGUUUUAUCAAAAUAGUUCGUCAUGAGGGAUUCUUCUCUUUAUACAGAGGAUUCCUUCCUAGUUACAUUCGAAUGGCACCAUGGUCAUUGACGUUCUGGGUUUCUUAUGAAGAAAUUCGGAAACUUGUUAGUGUUGACGUUUCAGAUUGGAGCAGACGUGUGGUAUCGUGGCAACUCUUGUUCUCAACUACACAAUGGUUGGUUCAACUGCCUUUCCUUUCCGGCAAUACUAUGCCUACACCUCAGCCGCCCCAUGUUAUCGAGCUACAAGGUGAUUCACGAGCGGCAUAUCCUUUAGGAUUCGGACAUGCUCACACAUAUAUACACCCUCGCGCAGCACUAAUUGGUGAUGCAGCACAUCGCAUACAUCCACUGGCCGGCCAGGGUGUCAAUCUCGGUUAUCAUGACGUUAUCGUGCUCAAUCGUAUCCUUGGUCGUGCUGCAUCAGAAGGAGCAGAUCUUGGUUCCAUGACAUAUUUGCAAGAAUACGACACUGAGGCUCAACGUAAUAAUUUACCGGUUAUGGUCCUUUGCGAUUGGCUAAAUAGAUUAUAUCGAACGAAUGCGGCUCCGAUUGUGUUGCUGCGAUCUGUUGGUCUUUCGAUGUUCAAUAGACUGACACCAAUAAAGGAUUAUCUCGUCACUCGAUUGUCGACAGCUAAUUGACAGGACCUCGCAAAUUCAAAUAGACGCAGAUGCUUUCUAUGAGAUAGAGUUGUUAUAUUGUUCAUUGAAUAAAUCUAAUUCCUUUA